AUGGCAUCCAGUGUGGUGACCAAGUUCUACCAGCACAUCCUUGCACUGGUGUUUGCCAUUGAUGAGAUCAAUGAUAAUCCCAAUAUCCUGCCCAAUGUUACCCUUGGGUUCCACAUCUAUGACAGCUAUACUGAUUCUAGGAUGACCUAUCGCACCAUUCUGGACCUGCUCUUUAAAUCACAUCACUUCGUCCCCAACUACAAAUGUGGCACACAGGAAAAUGUAAUUGGAGUCAUUGGGGGAUUCAGCUCUGAUACCUCCUCACGCAUGGCAGACAUCUUAGGUCUUUUCAAGAUUCCACAGAUUUCAUAUGGCUCUUUUCAACCAGCAAUCAAUUAUCAAAUCAAGUCCCCUUCCUUUUAUCGAAUGGUUCCUAGUGAAGAUUUUCAGUACAAAGGAAUUAUUCAACUCCUUUUGCAUUUCAAGUGGAAAUGGGUCGGCCUCAUUGCCCAGGAUGAUGAAGGUGGAGAACAUUUCUUGCAGACCAUAGAGUCAAUGCUUUCCAAAAGUGGAAUCUGUUCUGAAUUCACACAAAGAGUUCCAACAAAUGUGCGUUUAUCUGAAAGUCUGGUCAAAAUGUUGUUGGAUCGAUUAAAUAUUUUCCCAGCUGUUCUGGUGGGCAAAGCCAAUGCUGUUAUUGUAUCUGGAGAAAGUGCACCAAUCACAUGGUUGGCAAAUACUGUAGCAGCAAUCGAUUUGUAUCGAACCAGUUAUCGUCAAUAUACUUUUUCUGCAGUAAAGGUGUGGAUUACGACGGCCCAAAUUGAUUUCAGAGUCUAUAAACUUCAAAUGAUGAGUGAUAUAAUUAGCCGAAUGUUCCAUGGUUCCAUUUCCUUUACAAUUCACUCAAAGGAAAUUCAAGAUUUCCGGGCCUUUCUUCAGACAAUAAAUCCUUCCGAGGCAGAUGGAGAUGGUUUUAUCAACGAUUUCUGGGCAGAAGCAUUCAGUUGUUCUGUUUCAAAUUCUACAGGAAUCUCAUUCAAUAAUAGUGCUGGAGAUUUAAUCACACUAAACGAACACGGGGAAUUGGCAGCUGGAUUUGAUAUCACAAACUUGAUCACGUUCCGUAAUAAAUCCUAUGUCAGAGUAAAAGUGGGGACACUGGAUCCUCGCAAUCCUUCUGGGAAAGAGCUGGCCAUUUUUGAGGACCGAGUCGAAUGGCACAAAGGCUUGAUUCAGGUACCGCCCCUUUCAGUAUGCAAUGAUGAAUGCCGACCUGGUAAUGGCAAGAAAAAGAAGGAAGGGAAGAAAUUUUGCUGCUAUGAUUGUGCUCCAUGUCCAGAUGGGAUGUUCUCAAAUGAGAAGGGUAGGAGAUACAAAGAAACUUGUGUCAGAUGUCCAGAAGAUCAAUAUCCAAACAAAGCCAAGGAUCAAUGCAUUCUCAAGAUUCCAAAUUUCCUAGCAUUUGAUGACAUUUUGACAAUCAUUUCAACUUCCUUUGCACUUCUGUUGUCUCUGAUUACACUUCUAGUGCUUAGCAUCUUCAUCAGGCACCAGGACACUGCCAUAGUCAAAGCCAAUAAUAGAAGCCUCACCUACAUUCUGCUCAUCUGUCUCCUCUUAUCUUUCCUCUGCUCCUUAAUGUUCAUUGGAAUGCCUACUCAGGCAACAUGCCUUCUCCGACAAACUUCUUUUGGCAUUAUCUUCUCUGUGGCCCUCUCUAGUAUCUUGGCCAAAACCAUAUCUGUGGUCUUGGCAUUCAUGGCCACCAAACCAGGAUCCAGGAUGAGAAAAUGGUUGGGACAAAAAUUGACUUAUUCCAUAGUCCUCUUCUCCUCCAUCAUUCAGUUGGGCAUCUGCACUCUCUGGCUGACAACCUCUCCACCAUCCCCAGAUUUGGACAUGCACUCAAUGGCAGAAGAAAUAGUUUUUUUGUGUAACGAAGGGUCAGCUACUAUGUUCUAUUGUGUCUUGGGCUAUAUGGGCUUCCUGGCCAUUGUCAGUUUCACCGUGGCCUUCCUAGCCAGAAAGUUGCCAGACAGUUUUAAUGAAGCCAAGUUCAUCACCUUCAGCAUGCUGGUCUUUUGCAGUGUUUGGCUGACUUUUGUUCCAACUUACCUGAGCACAAGAGGAAAAUACAUGGUGGCUGUGGAGAUCUUCUCUAUCUUAGCUUCAAGUGCUGGCUUACUGGGCUGCAUCUUUUCCCCCAAAUGCUACAUCAUUCUUCUGAGACCUGACCUGAACAACAGAGAGCAACUGAUACGAAAAAAGUUAUAA